UCCAUGUGACAUCACCGGAAAUGCAGGAAUAAUAAAAGAUUCAUUCAAGAAUUUCGAAGAUCCCAAAGUGUUUGAAUUCUUUUUGAUAUAAUGCAUAAUAUAAAUUGUAUAUCAUCGCCAGUCCUGACUGUUUGAGAGUGUGAAACCAAAGAAAAAUGAAUCAAUCAUGGAAGAUGAGAAUAAUGAUGAAACAGUACAAGGUAAAAUGGUGCAUGCAGAUGCAGAUUGCAAAAGAAAUUCAUUGAUAUCUGGUAAACCGAAGCCUCCAUUACCAAAGAAACCACCAGUGGCUGUCAAACCUAAAGUGCUGACAAAAGACACCAGUGAAGAUCAAGGCACAUCAAAGGGCCCACCUCCUUUGCCUAAAACACCUCCAAGGGGAUCAGGUAGCACUGCAGUUAAGAAUGCACUUCGUGUCAAAACAUCUCCAUCACCUGACAGGUCAUGUGACAUAAAAUUGUCCAAUCAUGUAACAGAAUCACAAUUUUCAUCCAGUCUCACAACUGGAACAUCAGAACAACCAGCAUCACUGUUAACCAAUCAUGUAACAGAGUCAUAUACUGUAGCACUUUCUGGUCAGGUGGAGGGUGAAAAGGUUGAAAAUAUACCGGCUUCAAAAAAUAUUUUUGAUCCAUAUCAACAUAGAAGCAAUACUCUGGAAAGAACUACGUUUGAACACAAAAAUAUUCAGUGUUUCUCAGUUGAGCAUUCAAAUACACUCCCUAAAGGACCCCCUAAAGUUUCACCAAAGCCAAAAAAAAGACCACCUAGUGUAUUACCAAAACCAAGACUUUCAAAUCAUUUAUCAGAAUCAGACAUUCAAAUUAAUACUAGUUUUGAUGAUGGUCACUUGAAUAAUAACAAAUUGGAUUCUUCUCAGUCAGUAACCAGUCAAGGAGAUACUUGCACCUGUGGUCAAACUUCAGCUAAUUAUGAUCUUAAAGUGAAUGACAAAUCAGGAGACAUAACUCAUGUAAGAGAAAAGGAAGCAUUGAAAAACUCACUGGACUCAGAAUUACAAAAUGGUCAUUCCAGACCUCCUCCUAUUCCAUUUGAUACAAUACAUACUGAUGCUGAUGAUCCUGUGAUUAGUUCAAAACUUGUGCAAAAUAAAAAUGAAUGUGUAUCUAACUAUGUUACUAUGGAUAAAAGUGUAAAAGUAAAUAAAAGUGAUGAUCCAAAAACUACAGAAAACUUGAUAGCUAAGCAAGAUGACAAAAAACAUAAAAAGGGAUUAGACAAUUUAUUAACAACUUCAGAGAUGUGUUCUUCUCUUGAAAAAGAUUUAACAGAAAGUAUGAAUGAAAAUACUGCUGGGAUAAAUUUUUCAAUGAAAGACAAGGCUGAUGGAUUAGGCCAGAAUCUUUCUAAUAUAUCAGAGCAACAUUUUCACAAGUUUUCUGCAAGCAAAGAAAAUUCACCUAUUAAGAAUAAAGAAAAAAGCAGAGAAAAUUCACCUAUUAAAACUAAAGUUAACAGCAGAGAAAAUUCACCUAUUAAGACUAAAGUUAACAGCAGAGAAAAUUCACCUAUUAAAACUAAAGUUAACAGCAGAGAAAACUCACCUUUUAGAACUAUUGAAAACAGCAGAGAAUAUUCAACUUCUGAAACUAAAGAAAACAGUCCAAUUGUAUAUAGGCGAAUUCUUAACAAGGAAAGACUUUCUGUAGGAACUGAGCUACAAAGUGCUUCAGCAAAACAACUUUUUGUACCAUCACCUGCUCCUAGAAAACCUUCGCCAAAACCUCGCCCAACUCCUCGAAAAAGGUUGUCAAUAACAAAGAGUUGUGAUCAAAUAGAAUCAGUGACUGAUUAUACUGACUGUAUCAGUGCUAAAACAAACACUCCAGUUAGUGAAUUGGUUAGUCAGAAUUCAGAAUAUGAUGGAAAUAUCAAAAUCUUGUCUGCAUCUGUAACACAAGAUUUAAUAAGUGAGCAUUCAGAGAUCUCAGAACUUGAAGAAAAAGUGAAAAUCCCAAAAGUUUCACCUAGAUCUAACAAUACUGAACAUCUGCUGUUGAAUAGUGUUUCUCCUAGUGAUGACAAUUCUAUGAGUAAUAUUUCUAGUAUAGAAAAUUAUGAUAAAUCAGAAGGCAACAAGACAAAUCAAUUUUCAAAUCAAAACUUUGCUGGUCAUAAUCGCAUACAACCAGAUGAAUCACAACGAAAAAUGGAUUUUUCACCAAUGACAGAAGAGGCUUUGGGAGAAACAUCUUCAUUACUGGAUGAAAUUGAACAGAUUGUUUCUAGGAGGAUAACUGCUUUGGGAGGACUUUCAACAGAAUUUUCAUUAAAAAAGGCUCAUUCUAUAGAAACAUCCACUCCUGUGCGACCUCCACGAAAGAAACAAAAAAAUCGUAAAAAAGUUUUGGAACAGUUUAGUGAAUCGUGUGCAAGUGACACAGACUCAUUAAUUGGUGAUGCUUCCUAUAAAGGUUCAUUGUCUUCAUUAAAUUAUUUAGAUGAUGAUGAUCAAUCAUUCAAAGGAUCCACUUCAUCAUUAGCAUCAAAUCAAAGUGAAUCAGGAUCUCGGAAACCUUGCCCGCCAAAACCACCUCGUAAAAAACUGCUGAAGUUAAAUAGGAGUCAGUCAGAUGUAAGUGCUUCUAAGUUUCUUGAAAGAAAUAAGGAAAAUGUUCAUCAAAAUGAAACAAAAGAAGAAAAACAGAUUCAAAAGGAUGGAAGUUCACCAAACUUGCCAUCAAGAAAAGGCAGGAGUCUCACAGUUGACUUCCAUGUUCCAGCAAAUCAGGAAGCUCUGUUGAGAGAAAUUGAACUAGCCAAUCAGAGAAAUGAGAAAAAAAGUUCAUCAAAUUCUGAUGGACAAAAAAUGAAACCUAGGAGAAAAGCUCCUCCUCCACCACCUCAGUCAGCCAAGGUCACAGGACUUAAAACGGGUGAACUGAUACGGGAGGCUGUGUAUGAUGACAUUGAUGACGAUAAACCAAGAACAAUGUCCAUUGGGGACAAGGAUUAUGUGGAAAUUCCAGAAGAAUUUUUGGAAAACAUGAUUCAAACUAAUGACAACAACAUUUUUCAAAGGUCAAACAAAUCUGCUUCACCUCCUGAGCUACCACCAAGGAAUUUAAAUCAAGGAACACCUAUCAACUCUCCACAACUUUCGACAAAAUCAUUUAAUCCUAUGCAGAGCUAUGGGAGAGAACGACCAAUGAGUGAUAUAAGUGUCAACAGUAGUUUGUCUAGUCAGGAAAGCCCAUUACAAGAUGAACUGUCCAGUUCAGAUUCAGAAGGGGAAGAAGGAGAAGACAGGGUUGCUAGAAAGAGAGCAAAGAAGAUACUGUGUAUUGCCAAGGAGAUUGCAUCGUCAGAACAUGUAUUUGUUGAUGUUUUGAAACUGCUUAAUGUGGAUUUUCGUAUGCACAUUUCACGAGCUACAGAGAAAGCUGGUAGACCUAUUGUACCAUCAGAAGUAUUAAACAGGAUACUAAAGUACUUACCACAGUUACACAACUUUAAUGAAGAUCUACUACAUGACUUACAGGAGAGAGUAAAUAACUGGGAGAAUUGUAAGAAAGUAGCUGAUAUUUUUGUGAAGAAGGGACCAUUUUUGAAGAUGUAUACAGCAUAUAUCACUGACUUUGAAGAAACUAACAGAGUUUUUGAUGAUGCUAUUAAGAAGAUUCCAACAUUUCAACAAGUUGUCAAAGAAUUUGAGAUGUCUCCAAGAUGUGCUAGUUUGGGAGUAAGGCAUUAUUUACUGAAACCAAUACAGAGAAUACCACAGUAUAAACUAUUGUUACAAGAUUAUCUAAAACAUCUCUCUCCAGAAUCAGAAGACUAUCAAAGUACAAAAACUGCAUUACAUAUUGUGAGUGAAGUAGCUGACCAUGCCAACAGCAGUAUGAGACAAGGGGACCAAGUACAAAAAAUGUUAGAAAUACAAAAAAGUUUAGAGGGACAGUUUGAAGUAAUCAAACCUGGCAGGGAUUUAAUUAAGAAAGGAGAACUUAUGAAAUUGUCCAGAAAAGAAAUGCAACCAAGGAUGUUCUUUUUGUUUAAUGAUGUGCUGUUAUACACUACACCAACACCUACUGGGGGAUAUAGACUGAACAAUGUAUUAACUUUGAGUGGUAUGAAGAUAACUUUACCAGCCUCAAAAGAAUACAACACAGAAUUUAACAUUGUUACAGUACAAAGAUCAUUUACAGUAGAAGCUAGUUCGGAAAAAGAUAGAGAUGAAUGGGUUACAUCCUUGAAAAAUACCAUAGAUGAUUAUACUCAGAGGAGAAAUACCUUUGAAACUGUCAGAGCUGGUAACCAGAUGGAACAAAUAUAUGAAUCUUUUUAUGACAAAGAUUUUGUUCUUGGUUCCAAAGCACCGAUAUGGAUACCUGAUGCUCGUGUAACAAUGUGUAUGUUAUGUACAUGUGAAUUCUCUGUGGCAUGGAGAAGACAUCAUUGUCGAUCUUGUGGAAGGGUGAUUUGUUCAACUUGCUCAGAUAACAGAGCCCCAUUAGAAUAUCUUAGAAACAAACCAGCCAGAGUUUGUAAUGAGUGCUUCAUCAAACUUAAAACAGAUUUUCAAGACAAGGUAGAAACAGGGACUGUUACUGAAAGUAUGACAGAGGACAUAGAUGGAUCAUUACUUAGUCUAAGCAGUCUAAAGGAAAGAUUCCAACAGAUCAGGAGAAGUGCUAGAUUUUCUACUAAAGUCAAAAGACCUAAAAGAUUGGUUGAGGUUCAUGCAAAUAAUCUAGACUGUAGUAUGAGUGGAUACCUGAAAGUUCUGAAAGGAAAGAAAUGGAAAAAAUUCUGGUUCUUACUUAAAGAUAAAGUGUUGUAUAAAUUCAAGGCUAGUGAGGAUGUAGCUGCUAAAGAAUCCAUGGCUGUGAUUGGUUAUGAAGUAAUUAAAGUUUCGGAGAAUUUUGAAGGUGUUGCAGCUAAUCUUGUAUUCAAAUUAAGCCAUAAGAAUCAGUCGCCAUUUGUGUUCCAAACAGAUAACUCAUCUUCUACAGACAGAUGGAUAAAAGCAAUGGAAGAUGCAGUUCAAGGUUAAAGAGUUAUCUCCCAUAGAAAAUGGUGAAAAGAUUGUGAAUAUUGUUAAAUUCCAUAUGAAAUAUCACGUUUUUGACCAUCUCAUUUAACCCUGUCAUAAUUUAUUUUUGUAUUUAUUUAUUAUGUCUAUAUUAAAGGUGCCAUACAUUUUUAAAUGAGAAUCAUAGUUUUAUAAAUUUUUGGCUUUAUUUUAAAAUAUUAUUUACUCAAGUGUUGCAUCCUAUAAAUCUUGUUUAUUUUUUCUUUAGCUUAACUUCUUCAUAACUUGUUUAAAAGUAGAAUUAUAUCUUCUUGUCGUUUUAAGACAAAACUUGUUUGCUUUCUGCUGGGAUUAGUUAUUUUGUAGCUACAAGGCUUUAUUGCCUUCUAUAUGAAAAGUCCAAUGAUAGAAUCUGUUAUAUUAACAUAAAAUGUUAUUUUCUUUUGUUACUAUAUUUACAAACAAGGGUUGUAUGAUUGUUUUUGGUAACCCUAUAAUUGGGUUUACUGUUAAUGUGCAAUUUAAUUAAGUUUUUAUCACUUAAGUGUGAUUUUGUUAUACAUAUUAUUACUUACAUAAUAUACCCUGUAAUGACUCAGAGAUUAAAUUAGUUAUAGAAUGGAAUUACAGGAUACACAUUAUUAUGAAUUAUUGCCACUUAUCAUUUAUUUCUAAAUGAAUUCUGAAUUGGUAAAGUUAGAUAAACAAUAUAAUACACAAGAUUUUAUGUGAGAAUUUGUGUAAAUAUAAUUUACUCAUAAUUGGAAAUAAUAUUAAAUUUACAAUUAAUUAAAAUAAUAUGGAAAUAUUUAUAUUCAUAAGUAAAAAUUUCUAUGGUUUCUGAAUAAAAUGCACAAUAUUUUUUGCACAAGUAAUCUUAAAAUCAAGACUGCUGACAAGUAAUUCUGUAUUAUGAGUGAUGUUUUUUUUUUUUCUGAAGAUUUUUCAGUAAGAAUUGCUAUUGAAUCAGCUGCUCUUACAUUUUUGCAUUAAUCGUUUAAUUGAAAAUUUGUUGGUAUAGGGCGCUUUAUUUCACUAUUUUGAUGAACAACAGAAUCCAUAAAAAUUAGUCAUCGAUGAAUUAUACUUGCAUCAUACUAUAUUUGGCAGCAGAAAUCUAUUUAUAUAUGAGUAAAGGGAUAAUGACCAGCUUUAUAAGGUUUAUAUCAAAAACCUUUAAGUUCAUAAAAUGUAUAUUUUUAUGUAUAUUGUUUUUUUACAUUAUAUCAAUACUUGGCCGUUGCCAUGGAUAUUUUGAAGAUAUAAACGAGUUGGCUGUGAAUAUAUCUCUGGAACAUUAAUAUUAAACAUUUUGGAUUUUCACAA